AGCUCCAAAUGCGUUCCGGAAGUUGACGUGGAAAAAUGGCGAUCCCCAGUGUUGUAGCGCUUGUUGCCGGUGUUUUUGUGAUAUUUGUUGGUUGCAUUUAUGCAAAUGAUGAGCCACAAUGUCAUUCGUUUGCCGGAGGCAGCGUUUAUCCCCAGGAAACUAAACGUACAAGUGGACAUGCCAUUCAGUGGAGCCAAGCUGUCAUUUCUAAACCUGCUCCAGACUGGAAUGGGACAGCUGUCAUAAAAGGAGAAUUCAAGGAUGUCAAACUGUCCGACUACAAAGGGAAAUAUAUUGUCUUCUUUUUCUAUCCACUUGACUUCACAUUUGUAUGUCCUACAGAAAUCAUUGCAUUUAGUGACAGAGCGAGUGAAUUCCAUGACAUUAACACAGAGGUCAUUGCUUGCUCUGUUGACUCUCAGUUUACCCAUCUGGCCUGGAUGAAUACACCAAGAGAUAAGGGUGGACUUGGACCGAUUAAGAUCCCCCUCCUGUCUGAUAUCACUCAUGAGAUCUCAAAGGCAUAUGGUGUUUAUCUGGAGGACCUUGGUCACAGUCUCAGGGGUUUGUUUAUCAUUGAUGAUAAGGGUACCCUUCGUCAGAUAACAAUGAAUGACUUACCAGUAGGCCGUGAUGUAGAUGAAACACUCCGACUAGUUCAAGCCUUUCAGUACACAGACAAGCAUGGAGAGGUUUGUCCCGCUGGCUGGAAACCUGGCAAAGACACUAUCAUUCCCGACCCCAAGCAGUCUCAAAAAUACUUCAGCAAACAGAAACCUUAGGAUGUAACAUUUAACUAUAAUCCCCAUGAAAUGCUAUCUCUAUCCCACUGUUAUUUUUACCACUAUUUUCAUCCAAUUUACAUUUAAAUGUCUUGGGGGUUUGGUUGAGUCUCAAACUUAAAUCAGUUAUACCUAAAGUAACCUAUAGCUGCUGUAAAAUUCAAAUUUAAAAAAAAUUGUAGGCUUCAUUUUGGAAAUUAAUUAAUUAUUAAUUACUCCGUAAUUAAAUUCCCAAGACAUUUACCUAAUUACUGUUCAAGCUAUCUGGAGUAGAUCUGUUAAGAAAUUUAGAUACAAUACCUCCUAUGUUAAACUUUGUUUAUCACUCUAAAAAAGAAAAUUCAUAGCAAUUUUUUUUAAUUUUUUUUUUGAAAAUGGCGAUUUCAGAAAAUCAAUUUGUAAGAUUGUCUUAUUCAACUUUGAAUAUCAGUAACAAUGUUUUGCAAAUGUCAGUACAACUGUAUUUGUGAAAGAUGGUAUUGACAUAUGGUUUUGUUAUUUAUUUUUGAACAGCAUGCAUGUUUUGAUUACUUAAUGAUUUUUAAGCAUUCCCUAAAAUGUAUGUGCUGUAAAUCUGUUACCAGGGGCAUGUUUGUAGAAAACCUAUCAUAUAUGUAUGUGUAUCAUAUGCAUGUUUUGAUCAGUAAUAAAAUAUGUCUUUUUUCCACUAGACUUUUAUCGAUUUCUGUUGUGCCGUACUUGUGAAGGGAUUGAAGAGAAUUUCAUAUGAUAGGAAAUUGUUUUUAGUCGGAAGUCUAUUUUUCUGUUUGUAAUACUUACCAAUAGGAUUAAGUACUAGAUAAUCUUAAGGAAAUCCACAUUAUGCUCAUUAUGAAUAUUACAUUUUCUCCAUUUAAUUGUUAUAUUAGAAUUUAAACCUGGUUGUGGGAUAUAGUUUCCUCUUAUUUUCUCUAGUGGUGUUUAAUGAUUUCUAUAAUUUCCAUUCUAUGUAAUUGAUAUUCAGAUUUGUUUGCUUGGUGUGCUACAAAUGCCAGACUUUUCUCCAAGUUUCCUACUUUGUUUUCAAGCCAGAUGACCUCAUUAGUAUGUUUGAAUCAUGACAAAUCUUCAUAGACCUCCAUAUCUAUAAUAAAAACCACCCUAUCCAGUGUCCCUAAAUAGUACUAGAUAGGGGGAGUCACUCUGAAAAGUGCUUGGGGGCAUAUGUAGACAUUUUUAUUAGGGACCAUUUAUUACAUGGAUUUUUCACUUUUUUGUUAGUCAUGAAUAGAAACAAAUAGUGAAACAUUGGGUAUAAGAUAUACACUACUCCAACAAUGUUUGUGAUUUAUAUGCAAAUGUAAAAAAAAAAUGUACAUGACAAAAUGACAAAUGCUUAUUGCUGUUGAUAAACCAGCCAACUAUCAUCCACUUAAAUCAUAGCAGUAUGAUUUACACAAGAAGUGGAAGACAUGUGUGAAAUUUUUUCCUGUUAUACAUUUUGCUGUUUAUAAGAUUUUCCUCCUGUCACUAUCGGAUAACAUAAUGAAAAGGUGCUACUGUAUUGUUUGGUGAUCCCACCUGUGUGUUAAGUUUGAAUAUUGUUGUACUAACUCAGCUAUGACUAGAAUAACAGUAAUAUAAUUAGAAGCUUCAGUAUUACUUGUGGUGUAGUAUACUGUCCAUAAAAAAAGUGUAAUAAUUUCCCUUCACAAACAGUCAUUACCUCAAUGUGAGUCAGUAUACUUAGUCAAGAACACUUCUCUCAGACAGAGUGAUUUCCCUUGUCUUGUUGUAAUUAACAGAACAAGUAUAUUAGUCAUAAAGACCGACUAUGACGUCCUCGGAGCCCAUCGACUGUCAAUCUACUGCUAUACCAUCUGACAGAGUAAAGUGAAGGGGAGUAACUCUGAUAAAUCAGAAUGGUAUUGCAGUGAUUACUCUAUCAACAUGUAAUAGUAUACCUUUCUAGCCGAGUCAUUCCAGGAAAAAGUUUAACUUGUUGACUCUUUAAGUCGUUGACUCAUUUCUCUUCUGAAAUGGACACGCUAUCUUUGUUGACAGCCUAUACUGGUACAUAGUUUUACCUGUUACAGAUUUUAGUGCUUUUUUUGUCAGAUUUAUAUGAAUAAAUGUAAAAUCUCAAUGUAUGUAGACAUUAUUUUUGAUGGGUUCUGUGUUUUGGUUAUUUGCAGAAAUAGAUUAAAAAUCAAGUAUAUAACAAAGAGUUCAAAUUUUUUCAUGAAAAUAACAUGUUUUUUGUUUCAAAUGUUAAAUUUUUGAAGCAUUAUUAGUUCUGAAAAAGUAAAAUGACAUAUAUAUUUUUUUAUUGUAUAAUGAAGUCAAAUCUUCCUCUCCAUUGCAUAUGUUGCAUAGACUUUAACAAAGUGGUUAACAAACAAUUUAUAGAGGAUCAACAAUACAUCACUACCCACCAACUUCUUUGUAUCCUAUUUGCCUUGAAUAGAAACUAAAGAAAACUUGAUCACAACAACAUUUAACUUGGAAAUGCAGAAAAUGUUUGUCUCUAAUUUUACCAAAAGUGGAAUAAACUAUUUGUAUCUAGUCAGGGAUGCAGCAUACAUAAGGAUCACAUUGAAAACAAAGGAUAUCAAGUGAAAUAUUAUCAUGUGAGGAGGCAAUACUCUUGUUAUUUUGUUGACAGGGUAAACAUAUACUAUAAUUUCCUGUAUAUAGACUGCUCAUAGGUAUAACAAAUUGGAGCAUUUUGAUAAAGAUAACCUUCAAUGGCAGAUAUCCACAGGUAAUACACUCAAUUUAUUCAUACAAAAGUGAUAUCAUUUGUGUCAAAAUUACUUACAUUGAUAACAGGUAUGUUACAUUGUAACAUAUUGUAACAAUGGUAGUAAUCUACGUAUAUAUCAUCUGAGAAUAAGAUAGAUAAAAAUGUGAAAUACUGUUAUGUUUACAUGGAUCUAGCAUUCAUGUGCAAAGUAGGGAAUAAAACAAAAAACAUUUAGUCUGUAUAUGUACACAUCUUAGGAAGCAUAGAUAGACUGCUGCUUCACGAGAUUAAUUCCAAAAAGCAUCUUAAAAUGUGAAAAAUCCUAUAUCCCACGGAGUGAACACAGGAAAUCAUGGAAAACUUGUAGGUGUUACCAGAUUCUGUUAAGUUUAUAUUAGAAAUCGGCUCCCAGACUGGAUAUAACUACAGGAUCAAUAAAGUAAACAUUCCAAACAUUCAACACCAUAUUGGAUUUUUGUCAGUAAUCAACAGUACUUCAGACAUGUGAUCAACGGGUUGACACCCUUACAGAGGAAUCGUGUUUGAAUCAUUUUUUCUUUUCUUUUUUUUUUUCAUUCUUGUUAAGGUAGUUGCUUGUAAUAUAGAUUCAUUGUGUAUUCAUGUAUUUUGUCUAGAGUGAGAAAGUUGUGUAAGUUUACUGCUGAAGACCAAAGUGUUGAUAAAAUAAUAUUUCAUUUCAUCAUUUCAUAUUAGAAAGAAUGUGUUCUGUACAAGUGCUUUUUGAAAUAAAAGGGUCAUCAUUCA